GGGCACCUCACCCCCACUCCAGACCCCUCUCCCCAGCACCCGGCCCCAUCAGCUUCUCACAGGGCCUUUCUCCUACAGGUACCAUGACGUGGGGUGCAGGCAGUCCCCUGGCCUGGCUCUCGGCUGGCCCAGGCAACGUGAACGUGAGCAGCGUGGGCUCAGCGGAGGGGCCCACAGGCCCGGCCGAACCACUGCCCUCACCCAGGGCCUGGGACGUGGUGCUGUGCAUCUCAGGCACCCUCGUGUCCUGUGAGAAUGCGCUGGUGGUAGCCAUCAUCGUGGGCACUCCUGCCUUCCGUGCCCCCAUGUUCCUGCUGGUGGGCAGCCUGGCUGUUGCAGACCUGCUGGCAGGCCUGGGCCUGGUCCUACACUUUGCUGCUGUCUUCUGCAUUGGCUCGGCUGAGAUGAGCUUGGUGCUGGUUGGUGUGCUGGCAACGGCCUUCACUGCCAGCAUCGGCAGCCUGCUGGCCAUCACUGUCGAUCGCUACCUUUCUCUGUACAAUGCCCUCACCUACUACUCAGAGACGACAGUGACACGGACCUAUGUGAUGCUGGCCCUAGUUUGGGGGGGCGCGCUGGGCCUGGGGCUGCUGCCCGUGCUGGCCUGGAACUGCCUGGAUGCCCCAGCCAUGUGUGGCGUGGUUUAUCCACUCUCCAAGAACCAUCUGGUGGUCCUGGCCAUUGCCUUCUUCAUGGUGUUUGGCAUCAUGCUGCAGCUCUAUGCCCAGAUCUGCCGCAUCGUCUGCCGCCAUGCCCAGCAGAUUGCCCUCCAGCGGCACCUGCUGCCUGCCUCCCACUACGUGGCCACCCGCAAGGGCAUCGCCACACUGGCCGUGGUGCUUGGCGCCUUUGCCGCCUGCUGGCUUCCCUUCACUGUCUACUGCCUGCUGGGUGAUGCCCACUCCCCGCCCCUCUAUACCUAUCUCACCCUGCUCCCUGCCACCUACAACUCCAUGAUCAAUCCCGUCAUCUACGCCUUCCGCAACCAGGACGUGCAGAAGGUGCUGUGGGCUGUCUGCUGCUGCUGUUCCUCUUCCAAGAUCCACUUCCGAUCCCGUUCCCCCAGUGAUGUCUAGUUACAUCUUGACCUUUCAGCCCUGAUCCUAUGGAAUUCCAGAAUGUUAGGUUCUCCAGGGCUUUGUUCCAACCCUCCAGCUCCACACCCCAAGACCCAGCUGGCUCUGGAGUUCUAGGACAUUGGGUGUUUCACAGGAUACUGUUCAGAUCCCUGCAGGGCCCAGCUGGCUCUGUGGUUCUAGAAUGUUCAGGUGGUCAGGGUUCCACUCAGAAAUGCCCCACAGCCCAGCUGGCCCGGAGUUCCAGAAAGCUGCUGGGCGUUCCACAGUGCCAUUCCAAGUCCCUGACCUUCCCUCCCCCUUGACCUUGACCAUGUCACUUUACUUUUAUGUUUCAAAUCUAAUGAAUCAGAAAGGUUAGUCACUUAGUUGCCUCGAUAGGAGAAAGAUUGGUCUGUUUAUAUGUGCACAUACAGAGAGAGUUUCUAUUUAUGGUUUAUUUAUUUAUCUAUUUAUUUAUUUAUGGGUGGUAAGGGGAAAAAAGAGACCCACACCUUAAAAUCCAGGCCAUACCAGGGUAUCCCCAGUCCCCACACCCCCAUUUCUGACCUCAGUUCCUAGAGGGGGGAAAGGGAGAAAGAGAAACCAUGUAUUUUGUUAUUAUUUUUGCUUAUUUUUUAAUCAAAGAGAUCAUAGGAACCAGAGCCUUCUCCCAGGCCCGCCCUCCCUCGGGUUUGCAGGGGGAACACACCAGCCUCUGGUUUUUUAUUUUUUUAAGAAGCCAUCACCUGAGCAACCGAGAAUUCCUCUGUGCUGGGGGCCUGCUGCUCUCUGGUGGCCAUUUGGGGGAACUGCAGCCCGGUCAAGCAGCCGGGACCAAGACAAGCAACCCCAAUUCCACUCUAGCCAGGCAUCCAGGGCCACAGCCAUGGCCUGGGGGUCAGGCCUCACCCUGCAGUGCCCUAGAGGACGCAGGGUGCGAGCCAACACCUGGCCCCCUCUGCCAACCUGGGUGUGGCCCCCAGUGCAUUCCCUAUUCCUGCCCCCGACCAGCCCUCAAUAAAAAAUGAUUUUGUGAUAAA